UCACCCCUGCGUCGCACGAGAUGUAAAACCCACCACAUGGUCAGUUGGAGGCCAACUCAUAUAAAGUCUGUUGGUGAUCGAGGCUUGAAUUCGAGCUGAUCUUUAUCCUUUAAUCAGCCUUCGAACAGCUUUCCCAAAUGAUGUUCCCUUCCAAGGCUUUCCUGUCGAUCCUCUUUGUCAUGUUGUCCUCUGCGGACGCAUCUCCUUUGCGCUCUGACGCUCGCAAGGCAACCCUUAGCUUUGCUGCUAGGGUGAACGCUAGAGGUGCUGUUAACGUCGCUGCUGCCGACAGGGCUCGCGUUCAGGCGAUGAAGCAAGCUGGUUCCAUGGGCAAGCGUGCUGGCAAAUCCUCUUUCAGCAUAACCAACGCUGUCGUUACUUACACUGCCCAAGUUGGUAUCGGCAGCCCUGCCACCGAGUACACACUUAUCAUUGACACGGGCAGCUCCAACACUUGGGUGGGUGCAAACACCCCAUACAAUCCCACAGCUACUAGUGUGGAUACUGGAAAUACUGUUGAUGUGUCUUAUGGUUCCGGUAGUUUCUUCGGAGAGGAAUACACGGACACCGUUUAUUUGAGUAACACUCUGGUCAUUACCGGACAAUCCAUCGGAGUUGCGAGCUCCUCACAAGGCUUCAGUGGCGUGGAUGGGAUCCUCGGAGUCGGACCAGCUGACCUGACUGAGAGCACCGUUUCCAACGUUGAUAUAGUCUCUACUGUCACAGACAACCUCUACAGCCAGGGUGUCAUCGACACUGAGGCACUCGGAAUCUACUUUGUCCCUCCCGAUGCCUCUGAUAGUGCCGGCGAGCUCACCUUUGGUGGACAUGAUAGCUCAAAGAUAACGAGCCCAGUGACUUAUGUCCCUCUUACGACUACGUCACCUGCUAGCUCUUAUUGGGGUAUCGACCAGUCUAUCUCCUAUGGAGGUUCCACCAUUUUGUCUGAGACUGCUGGUAUCGUCGACACCGGCACGACUCUCGUUCUCAUUGCCUCCGAUGCGUUCAGCACGUAUCAAACUGCCACUGGUGCCGUAAUGGAUGAGGCUACCGGUCUCCUGACGAUCACCUCUGGUCAGUAUGAUAAGUUGCAAAGCCUGACCUUCAAGAUUGGUGGCAAAACCUACGAUCUGACCCCCAACGCCCAAAUUUGGCCGCGUUCCCUCAAUGCUGACAUAGGCGGCAGCAGCAGCAACAUCUACCUUAUCGUCGCUGAUAUCGGCAGCGACUCUGGUUCUGGAUUGGACUUUGUCAAUGGUUAUGCAUUCCUUCAACGUCACUAUUCUGUCUUCGACACCACCAACAACCAAGUUGGCUUCGCAAACACCCCACACACUGAUGAUAAGAGCAACUAAAUUAGCUUCAUUUACGUAUGUUUUAUAGUUAUAGGGAGUC